ACAAGGAGACUAUAGACUAUACUGUAAUUAGGCGUCACAGAAGUAACAGUAGGAAGAGUGGGGUAGGGGGGCUGUACAGUGUUGCUGAUCAGGAGGAUGAACACACUUGGGAGGGAUUGUAGGAUACUGAAGGAGGAUCAGCACACUGCAGAUCGUUCUUAGCUGAAAGCAUCUCUGACUCACCAACCUAGGCUUCAUAGACAAGGGGUUCACCUGACUCACUGCGUUGACUACAGAAUGGACGGUCAGGAGAUGUCUUCUCCUUCCAGGACUGACUCUUCCGAAGAGAUCAGCUCAUCCCUGCACAUGACUAAAGGCAUGUCCAUCUUCCUUGAUAUAUUGAGAAGAGCUGACAAGAAUGACGAUGGAAAACUUUCUUUUGAAGAGUUCAAAGCUUAUUUUGCUGAUGGAAUCCUAAGUGCAGAAGAACUGAGCGAGCUUUUCCAUAAAAUUGACACACACAAAACAGAUAACCUGGACACAGAGGAGUUGUAUGAUUAUUUCUCUCAGCACUUGGGGGAUUAUGAAAGUGUCCUGGCAGCACUGGAGGACUUGAACCUCUCAAUAUUGAAGGCAAUGGACAAAACAAAGCAACAAUAUCAAAACGCUUCAAAACUGGAACAGUUUGUGACACGUUUUUUGUUGAAAGAAACACUCAACCAGCUGCAGUCUCUACAGAACUCAUUAGAAUGCGCCAUGGAAACAACGGAGGAGCAGACCCGCCAGGAAAGACAAGGACCUACGAAGCCUCACAUGCUCUCCAUCCCGUGGUCAGGGAGAAGAUCUAACCGAAGACUUCAGAGGAAUAACAGCUUUUCCCCAAACAGCCCCCAAUUUAACCUUGGCUUGCUAGACGAAGACAACCAGUGGAUGACCCAGAUUAAUAGACUUCAGAAACUAAUUGACAGACUGGAGAAGAAGGAUCUAAAACUGGAACCCCUUGAAGAAGAAAUCUUAGAAGGAAGCACAAAUUCACACAUAAUGAUUGUUCAGAGGCAGCUAUCUGUGAUAACUGAGGAGCUGGAAGAGUUUCGUCUUUCCUUAAAACACUACGUAGAGUCCGUUACUGCUCAGACAGGAUGUUUACAUGUUUCCAUUCAGAGGCUUUCCAGUGAGUCUCGAUUUAUCAUCUAUGAAUUUUGGGAAAGCAGUAACACAUGGAAGAACCACCUCCAAGCCAAUUACAGUAAGACGUUCCAGAGGAGUAAUGUCGAUUUCCUGGAAACCCCUGAACUGAUGACAACGAUGCUCGUACCUGCAUCUUGGUGGGUCCUCAAUAACAAUUAGAAGUAUACAGCGCCUCCAUGGAUCCGAACCAAUGAGGAGAUUAUCAGACAUUAUACAUUAAGAAAUCUGUACUAUUGUAUCUUCCCUUGUGUAUCUUUUAGACAGAUUGUAUGACUGCAGUGUGCGGGAGUAACAUGUACCUGCUGUAUUCAGUGAUUCUGAUGAGAUCUGCAGUGGUUGGUAUUGAACGAGUUUUAUUCAUCAUUCAGUCAUCAUUACAAGUCGUACAAUAAAUUACAAUCACACAAAGCAUGACAGUACAAUAUACAGCACAGGUUCCCUAAGCUAUACACUAUACCACAUGCUACGCUAACACUCCGCUCCAUCACUCGAUAUCGAAGAAACACAGUCGAAAAACAACAACACAUUACAGUCUGUGAUCGGGGAGGGCAUGGGAUCCAUGUAGGUAGGGAGGGGAGGAUUACAGGGCCAAAGAUGGUCCGGACUGUCCAAGAUGGAAUAGUCUCUAAGCAAGCUGUGUAUCAGCCUACGGCAGUCCUGGACGGACAUGUCCUCCCUGUUGUAAAUGAGGUGCUUCCUGGCCAGCCAUAUAGCGUCCUUAAAACAGUUCAUACGGCGCCAGGCCUCCUGGAGAUGGCCUCCAUGUCGUGAACCCCAGGAAACAGUCCAUAAAGCGCAGUGGUUUGGUCCACGUAAAGCUUAAGGGGUUUCUUCUCUGCCAUUGCUUAAAAGUUCAGGUUUAAGGGGUACUCCGGUGGAAAACCUUUUUUUUUUUUUUUUUUAAUCAACUGGUGCCAGAAAGUUAAACAGAUUUGUAAAU